AAAAGCCGCUGCCAUCGCUUCCUCCUAGAAAUUUCCGUGAGCACUCGGCUUUCCUCUCCUGGUCGCCCCGAUGCUGUGCCCCAACCGGCGCCGGCGCGCACGGGCUUCCCGAGCCCGCCGACGACACCAGGCGAGGAGCAGCGCCCUCCUCCCACCCAACACCGCGCCCUCCUCCCACCCAACGCCCCGCCGCUUCCGCCGGUCGCCGCCGCCUGCGAUCCUGGCCCUACGCACCUUGCCGCAACCAACCCCUCCACGAGCUAGCCUCACCAGCCGUACCACCCCCGGCCAGCCCUCCAUCUGAGGCGCCAUGGGCUCGUCCCACCACCCCCGCCACCAUCCAAGCGCAAGGCGCGGGGAACUACCCCCGCCAGGACGCGGCUCUUGGUGCGGGGCGGGGCAAUGGGUCGCGGCACGGCGCGAGCGGCGCCUGGAGAUGCGUUGCACGACGGCCGUGGCGAGAACGGCGCACAGGCAGCCCGCUACCGCCCACGAGUUGCAGCCGUCCACGGCGGUGCGGCGCUCAGGGGCGCGCGCGGCACAGGUGGCAGAUGAGGCGUCGGCUACCGAGGAGCCGCGUGGGGUGAGACGGCGCGCCGCAUCGCCGGGCGGACCGGCCGAGGCCCUCGCACGAGGCGGCGGCGAUGUGUGCGGGACCCUCGCACGGCGGCGAUGGUGGAGCGGCGAUCAUCGCGACCAGCGGCGCCGACGGAGCGCCGGCCCUCGGCCACAAGCAAUGAUGACGGUGGCACCACGCAGUGCCAGUGUUCCGUAGGCGGCGGCAACUCCUCUCCGACCACGCGCGGUCAUGCAAAAGCACCUUUAGAAGUAAUUGUGUGUCCUUCCAUGCUGCUCAAGACAUUGGCAGAAAUUGAUUUGAUUCAACUCAAUUUACUGUUCCGCAAGGUGCGAGCCCAAAAUUCAUGGACCUUUUUCUUUUUCUUUUCGUACAUAGUUGAAAAAAAAGGGAUUCUACUGCUACUUUACGGCUUUCAGGUGGGAACAGCAUGCUGCGUGGUCAUUUACCCCCCCCCCCCCCCACCCCCGAACCUGAAGAAAAGCAAAGGUAAAAAAACUGCCAUUCUACUGUAUUUGGGGGGACUUCACGGUGACCUGCGCAUCCUGCACCUACAACUCUGAAACUGUACCUGGCAGCCUCCGAUUUUGACUGCCUUGCCUUCUUUUCCCAUCAAGGCUGGUAUGAACACAAGAAACUCGAUCAGGAAGCUAUCAACCUUAACGGACAGGGCUAUAUCCUACAUCCUCCAGAUUCCUACACCCACCGGCAUUUUUCCUUCCAUUGACAAUGUUUUGAGCAUCAUGCACACAGAAAUCUGCCAUUGAAUACAAGUCUCCAUAUUUUCCUCCUCCCAUCUCCGUACCAGAACAGGAUAGCCAACAUUGGUUAAGGUAUUUUAGAGUGUGAGGCCAAAAAUAUUGAUUUAUUGUUUAAAUCCUUUUUUGGAAUAAAAUAGGGGAAUUUAUUGAUCGCUGUA